GCGUGUGGACGUGUGCACGCGUCGCGUUCGCUCGGUGUGGCAGCCUGUCUGAGCUCCGGGAGGCAGGGGAAGGCUACUUGAUUUUAAGCGCAAGAGGGGCGAGCUCAGCCCCAGAGAUCCUCGAGCAAAAUGGGAAAUGGUUCAGUGAAGCCCAAACACUCCAAGCAUCCAGAUGGCCACUCUGGGCACCUCACCAGUGAAGCCCUGCGGAACAAGGUGACAGAGCUGGAGAGGGAGCUGAGGAGGAAGGAUGCCAAGAUCCAGGAGCAGGAGUACCUUCUGAAGGAACUUCGGGAGCAGCUGUCUAAGCAGACUGUGGCCAUUGCGGAGCUCACGGAAGAACUCCAGAACAAGUGCAUCCAGCUGAACAAGCUUCAGGAUGUGGUGCAUGUGCAGGGGGGCAGCCCGCUGCAAGCCUCACCAGAGAAGGUGCCUCUGGAGGUUCACCGCAGGACCUCGGGACUGGUCUCUCUCCACAGCCGGAGGGGUGCAAAGGCUGGGGUGUCUGCUGAGCCAACAACCCGAACCUAUGACCUCAACAAACCUCCAGAAUUCUCCUUUGAGAAAGCAAGAGUCAGAAAGGACUCCAGUGAGAAGAAGCUCAUUACAGAUGCUCUCAAUAAAAAUCAGUUUUUGAAGAGACUAGAUCCUCAGCAGAUCAAAGACAUGGUGGAGUGCAUGUAUGGGAGAAACUACCAGCAGGGGAGCUAUAUUAUUAAGCAAGGAGAACCAGGAAACCAUAUCUUUGUGCUGGCAGAGGGCCGACUAGAGGUGUUUCAAGGGGAGAAAUUGCUGUCAGCCAUUCCUAUGUGGACCACAUUUGGGGAACUAGCCAUUUUAUACAACUGUACAAGGACUGCCUCUGUGAAAGCUAUUACCAAUGUUAAAACUUGGGCACUAGAUCGAGAGGUAUUCCAGAAUAUCAUGAGAAGGACAGCUCAAGCUAGAGACGAACAGUAUAGAAACUUCCUAAGAAGUGUAUCCUUGCUGAAGAAUUUACCUGAAGAGAAGUUAACCAAGAUCAUUGACUGCUUGGAAGUGGAAUACUAUGACAAAGGAGAUUAUAUUAUUAGGGAAGGCGAGGAAGGAAGUACCUUUUUCAUUUUAGCAAAAGGAAAGGUAAAAGUCACUCAGAGUACAGAAGGCCAUGAUCAACCACAACUGAUAAAAACACUGCAGAAAGGAGAAUACUUUGGAGAAAAAGCUCUUAUCAGUGAAGAUGUCAGAUCAGCUAACAUUAUUGCAGAAGAAAAUGAUGUCGCCUGCCUGGUUAUAGAUCGAGAAACCUUCAACCAAACAGUUGGGACUUUUGAAGAAUUGCAAAAAUACCUGGAAGGUUAUGUAGCAAACUUGAACCGUGAUGAUGAAAAAAGACAUGCAAAGCGAUCCAUGUCUAACUGGAAGCUGUCCAAAGCACUCUCUCUGGAGAUGAUUCAGCUGAAGGAGAAGGUGGCCAGAUUUUCCUCAUCAUCCCCAUUCCAGAACCUUGAGAUUAUCGCAACACUGGGCGUUGGUGGGUUCGGAAGAGUUGAGCUUGUUAAAGUGAAAAAUGAGAAUGUUGCCUUUGCUAUGAAGUGUAUCAGGAAGAAGCACAUUGUGGACACAAAACAGCAGGAACACGUCUACUCAGAAAAGAGGAUCCUAGAAGAACUGUGUUCUCCCUUCAUCGUAAAAUUAUAUCGGACUUUCAAGGACAAUAAAUAUGUAUACAUGCUUCUGGAGGCCUGUUUAGGUGGAGAGCUGUGGAGUAUAUUAAGAGACAGAGGCAGCUUUGAUGAAUCUACUUCCAAGUUCUGCGUUGCUUGUGUGACAGAAGCAUUUGAUUAUCUGCAUCGACUAGGCAUUAUCUACAGAGACCUGAAGCCAGAGAACUUAAUUCUGGAUGCUGAGGGUUACCUUAAGUUGGUUGACUUUGGAUUUGCCAAGAAAAUAGGAUCUGGACAGAAAACAUGGACAUUCUGUGGAACUCCCGAGUAUGUAGCUCCUGAAGUCAUUCUCAACAAAGGACAUGACUUCAGUGUGGAUUUUUGGUCCCUGGGAAUUCUAGUGUAUGAGCUCCUUACUGGCAACCCACCCUUUUCUGGGAUUGACCAAAUGAUGACUUACAAUUUGAUUCUUAAAGGAAUUGAAAAAAUGGAUUUUCCCAGAAAAAUAACAAAACGACCUGAAGAUUUGAUUAGGAGGCUUUGCAAGCAAAAUCCAACAGAAAGGCUGGGAAAUCUGAAGAAUGGAAUCAAUGACAUUAAAAAACACAGGUGGUUAAAUGCUUUUAACUGGGAAGGACUGAAAGCACGAAACCUUCCAUCACCUUUACAAAGAGAGCUCAGUGGACCCACAGAUCACAGCUACUUUGACAAGUACCCCCCUGAAAAAGGGGUGCCUCCUGAUGAGCUGUCAGGCUGGGAUAAAGACUUCUGACUGAAGAGAAGAUGUUUACUGUCUAAUUACUACAGAAGAGGACUAUGAGGACCUAUAUUCCAACACCUGUUAUUUCUCUCUUUGGGCUAUUAUACUAUCUUUUUGGAAUAACAUCAGAGAUGGGGGUAGACAAUAGCAGAUAUGGUGGUGGUUCUGAGAUAUGGCAUCUCACUUAGAGGCUGUACGUCAUUCAGGUAUUCCUUCCUUUGCUUGCUUGAAUAUUGAAGGUUAUCCGAGGCUCUCAACAGUCAGAACCAUUUUUGUUAAGGGAUAUUUUAUUUUCUCUGCAAUCUCUUGCUCCAUACCACUCAUGCCAUCUCCUUUGAGUUCUAGUAAGGUUUAAAAAGGGUCUUUCCCUUGAGUGUCUAAGUCAUGCAAGUAGAAGAAAUAACAAAGGUGAAUUUUGGAAGACUGACCCUGUUCUUACUCCAAAUGUUUUAUAGAAAUCUUGGUAGUCAAUAAAAACUCUUGAUUUUCAUCUGCAUUCACCUAGAAAUAUAUCAAUAUGCUUCUAAGCAGCCUAGGGAAAAGUAAGUUUGAGUAUUAGUGGUACCAAUUCUUAAAUUACAUGAGUUAUUAAUCCAACCAGGAAAUUAUAUUCUAUUGGGGAACUUAGAAAUCAUUAAUAAAGCAAAAGCUAUUUUUCAUUCUCCUCUGACCAGCUCUGAUACCUCAGAGUCCUUUUAAAAGCCUCGCUGAAGGUAUUCUAAAGUGUGGCACGGUGAUAGGCCUCUUAUAUACAGUGUGUUUUCAUAGUCAAAGUGGAAAUUAUGCAACAUAAAUAUUGUGGACAUUUUUCUUUCCCAUUAAAUAUGGAGGAGAAUCAAUUCUAGUACGUAAGGUUGCUGACUCUGAAACUCUGCAGUAUUUUAGCCAAUUCUAUGAUUGUUGCUAUUAAUAAAUCAAGAGUACAGAAUAACCACCAUUAAUUUUUAAUGAAAAUCCUAUUGGCAAAUGUUGAUGUGCUAUCAUGACUGCUGCAUUAAUAACUCUUUAAAAGACAUCUGAGUCAUGGAUGUGUUUAUACUUUUAGAUUGUUAAAAUUCUUUCGAUUGUUAAGGCACCUGAAGUGAUGAGGCUUUUGGAUAUGUUGCAUCUGCCUCCUCCUGUAAUUCCAUGAAGUCCAGAUAAUGAAGAGAGUAGUUUUAGUAGCAUGGGCUGCCAGUCCCUAAGAACUUCAUUAAGUGAAUGCUUUUGUGUCAGCCAUGAUCAUUGUCUCCCGACCUUUCCAAAUGGAAUGGAAGCAGACUUUCUGUGCAUCCUUUUGAUUUUGCAGAGGAAAGAAUAGCACAUCUAAGUUUCUGCAUUAUUUUAGCUUUUGGUUAUGUUUUCACAUGCUAAUAUUCUAUGGGAAAACCAACCUUUACCCACAGUCUUGCCCAUACUUUCAGCUUGCAGAAGAAGUCAGCAGUAUGCUUUCUAAGGCAUUAAACCAGGAAAGCGAGGUCCCAAGGAAGUGCAUCCUUAACAAACUGAAUUUUCACAUUUAGAACCUUUUGCUGAACCAAAGAAUUUUUGUUUUCUGGAGUUGUAUUUUUAAAGAUUAUGUAUUGUACAUAGAAUAACCAUUUUUAAUAGGAUUGACAUACUUGCUUAAUGAAUUUCUAAGAUUUUUUAAAGAUUUUUAUUUGCAUUUAGUUUGUAUGCACUGUAUGUUUUUUCAUGUAUAUAUUUUAAAGUUACCCAUCUAUAAAUGUAGGAAAUUUGUGGAUUGGGUGGAUAUUAGAACUGUACAGUUAUAAUAACAAUGUUAUUCUUAAAGGAGAUCAAUAGUUGUAUUUCCAGAAAGACCUACAUAUAUAUAUAUAUAUAUAUAAAUAAAAACCAACUUAAA